CCUUCCGCCGCCAGCCCCUGGUGGGCUGCUGGGCCGCCUUCCCCCGCUGGCUGGCAUCCUCCUCCGAGGCUCGGGCCCGCGCUUCCGGCCAGCCUCCCGGGCUUCCCGACCCCUGCCCUUCCCGCCGUCUGGGUUGGAGUUCCCUGGGUGCUGGCGUUGACCGCAGCUCAGGUGGUAGGACACCAGCCCCUGGUUACAGCACAGACGGCCCACAGUGCACAAAUGGCCAGGUCCCAGAAGACUGUGGCAGCCCUGCCUCAGAACAAAGGGAUCCGGGCAGCCACCAACACGCCCAUCCUGUUACCCAGCCUGAAGCGGGGUGUCCUGGACCACACCUUGCAGCAAGGGCUCCUCCGCCGCACCCGGCGGCUCUGCAGCCCCACUGCACCUCCAACCCCGACACGGCCCAAGAAGCUCAAGAUGCAGGCGCCCGUGGACAUGUUCCCCACCGACUGGAGCCCGCCACCCAUAGAGUUCCUGAACCCGAAGGUGGUGCAGGCUGGCAGGGAGGACGCUGCGCAGAGGCAGCUGGGUGCAGCAGGCCCGCGAGAGUUGCAGAGUCUCGGCAGAGAGGUGAAGCAGGAUCGCCUGGGCCCGGACCCGAAGGGGAACACAGCCUCACUGCAGAGGUUCUGGGACGUGGCAGGCCCAGGCCAGCCGGCUGUGGCAGCACAGGAGGAUGACCACACCCCGCUCACCCCUGGGGGCUCAGAGAAGUAUAUCAACAGCUUGGAUUACCUGCUGCAGGAGAAGAGGGAACAGGCCCUGGAACAGGAGCGAGAGCAGCUGCUCCUGCAGAGCUGUCUGGACCUUGACUCCUUGGAUCUCAAUGAAGAUCAAGUGUCACUCACACCCGAGCACAGGAUGCUGGUGGAGAAGUUCUCCGUGUCGCUGCAGGCCAUCCCAUCAGUACAUCCAGGAGAGACCGUGUUUCUGCCUAGACACCACCCUCUGCCCUGUGCCCUGGACUCCUCACAAAUGGAGCCACACAGCCACCUGGAAGGGCUGUUUCUCAGCUCCUCGCAGGCCCAGCAGCUCUCCUUCCUGCACCACGGCCUCCUGAGCAACCUCUACCUGCACAGGACCAGCUGCCCGGUGCCCCUUCUGCAGUGGCUGUUCCAGCUUCUGACAUGGCCUCCAGAAACGUCUUCGAGAGCCUUUGAUCUCCUCUGGGACCUGAGUGUGGAUGGGCUUUUCCGUCAGUCUGAUGAAGAAAUGUACUUGUGGUACCCAUCGCUGCAGGAGGUCAUGGAGGUGUUCUACAGUCUGGGAGCCUACUGCCCUGCACUGUACCCGCUGGGGCCCUGCCAACACGGUGACCGGGUAACUGAAAAUGAGGCUGGCUUGGACUGGCAGGUGGACUCCCCUCAGCAGUCGGCCUUGGACAUAAGUCUGAGCUACAUCUAUAAGAUCCUGACCCUGUGCGCCCUUGCCCGGCCGGGGGCCUACACAGACGGGAACCUCCUUGGCUUGAUCGAGCAGCUGUGCCGCACUGGCCUGGACGUGGGGCUGCGCCUGCUGCCCAAGACGGACCUCCAGCAGCUCCUGCUCUUGCUCCUGGAGAACAUCCAAGACUGGCCAGGGAAGCUGCAGCAGCUGUGCUGUGCCCUGAGCUGGGUGUCCGACCACCAUCACAACCUGCUGGCACUCGUGCAGUUCUUCCUGGAAGUGACCUCCAGGAGCAGGCAGCUCCGAAGCCGGCUCAGCCUCAUGGUCAUCGCCCGGAUGCUGGGCCAGCAAGAGGCGCUCCCUGUCUGGCAAGAGAAGACCCAGCUGUCGAUGCUCAGCCGGCUCCUGAGCCUCAUGAGGCCGUCAUCCCUCGGGCAGUGCCUGGGCUCGGAUCCUUUGCCACCCUGCCAGAAGCAACAGCCAACGACCGGUGCUGAGCUAGACCACAAGGCAACAGCAGAGAGCUGGAUCAGCAGUGGAGCAGCCAGGACUCGAACCAGCGCCCAUAUGGGAUGCCAGCACUGCAGGCGGCGGCUUUACCCACUACGUCAUGGCCCUGGCCUUUGGAUUCUUUUCUUUGCUGCUCUCACGGGCAGCUCACUCAAGGGUCUGCUACCUGUGCCACAGCCUGCUGACCCUGGCAGGGGUGGUGGUCAGCAGCCAGGACAUCACUCCAGACCAAUGGGGGGAGCUGCAGCUGCUCUGCAUGGAGUUGGACCGCCACAUCAGCACCCAUAUCCGGGAGAGCCCCCAGGCCAUGCACAGGACCAACCUCAAGGACCUGGCCACCCAGACCUACAUCCGUUGGCAAGAGCUGCUGGCCCACUGCCAGCCCCAGGCCCAGUACUUCAGUGCCUGGAAGGACAUGUAAAGGGGCAAGGGUCGGAGGUCAGAGUCAAGGGCAGGGGAAGCCCGGAUGCCAACCAGCCUGAUGCUGCAAAAGCAUGCCUCUGCCUGGGCUCCUGCCCUCUGCCCCCCACUCAGCAAGGGAUGGGCCUCUUCCCACCUGGCCCAGCCCUCUGCUCUCCUGCCUCCCAUCCCCCCAGCUCCUCUUCCCCAAGGCUUUUGUCUCCAUAGCUCUGGUUCCCCCGGGGCCUCCUGGGUCCUGGCAGGCCUCCGUCCUCCCCGCCCUCCUUCCUCUCUCUGUCACUAAUGUGAGGUUUCUUUGUGCACAUUAAAGUCUUAUUUCGGCAUCA